CAGUUUUUUAUUUUUAUUCCUAACAUGCUUUUGCCUCCUUUAACUCGGGAAAUUCUUCUUCUACCAUCUCUCUCUCCCCCUGCAAGCUUCUCACAGAUCCAAUCUACCGCACACUCCGAGAUGAAUCGGAGCUUCCGGAACUCAACGAUUGGCGGCGGGAAGAAUUUCCCGUUGCCGUCGCAGCACCGCCGUGGCUUUAGUCUCAAUGGAGCCUCCAACAAGGAAUCCUUCGAUGAUCCAUUGGAUCUAUUCUCCAAAGGCCGCCGCAGCGUCUCCGCCGCCUCCUCCGACGAGUCAGACGUUUCGGUUAAACUAGGGAGGCUUUCACUUGGAUCUGCAAUGGUGGGGAAGAAUGGAUUGGAGGAUCUGUUCUCAUCUUCUGAUGAAGGAAAACAUGAUUAUGAUUGGCUUCUAACUCCUCCAGGCACUCCACUUGUUCCUUCAUCCAAUGGAAAUGAAUCUCAACCAGCACAAGUUGCCCAGACUCCAAGAGGACGCCCUUUGGGCAGAUCAGUCUCUGCAGCUAAGGCCUCAAGGCUUUCUGUGUCUCAGUCUGAGAACAGCCAUCCAGUAAGACCAACUCGCAGCAACUCUGUAACCCGUCAGUCUAUCUCUAGUUCCCAGUACAACACUUACUCAAAUAAAUCAAGUAAUAUUCUAAACACAAGUUCUUCUUCAGUUUCAUCCUAUAUCAGACCCUCUACUCCCACGAAUCACUCUUCAUCUUCUGCAAGAUCCUCUACUCGCUCUUCAUCUUCUGCAAGACCUUCCACCCCCACUUCCCGGCCAACACUGUCAAGACCUUCAACUCCUUCAAGAACACAACCAUCCCUUAGCACAGCUUCUAGACCAUCCCAAAACUCAAGACCUUCCACACCAAGCUCUAGGCCUCAGAUUUCUGCACCAUUGAAUUCCCCUGCUCCUCGGUCUAUAUCAAGACCAUCAACACCUACUCGUAGAAAUUCCAUGCCUUCAAUUUCUCCAGCAUCCUCGGGGCGCUCUGUCAGCAAUGGGCGAACUGUGGCUUCUCGCCCAAGCUCCCCUGGACGAGCUGUUGCCUCAGUAUCUCGUCCAAGCUCCCCUGGGAGAACUGCAGGUGCAGUAUCUCGCCCAAGCUCCCCUGGUCCACCAGUUCGACGAACACCUCAACCAAUAGUUCCCCCAGACUUUUCACUUGAAACGCCUUCAAAUUUGCGAACUUCACUGCCAGACAGGCCACUGUCAGCUGGUAGGUCCAGACCUGGUGCCCCAGCCUCUGUCAAGGGGGGUAUGGAAAUUCCAAAUGGUGGAAAUUUGCAAAGGAGGCACUCAUCACCUAUUGUAAGCAGGGGAAGACUCACAGAACCUUCUGGAAGAGGGCAAGUGCUUGCAAAUGGGCAUGUUACAGAUGCAUCUGACUCUGGCAGAGCUUCGCGUGCCUCACAGUUGCCUCUGAGGAAACCCGUAAGGACACAUACAGAUAGUGCAGGAUUUGGGGGGACCAUCUCAAAGAAAUCUCUUGACAUGGCUAUUAGGCAUAUGGAUAUAAGAAAUGGGCCAAAUGGUGUACGCCCAGUCUCAGGCUCAACACUCUUCCCCCAUAGCAUUCGAUCUAAUGGUGCUAAAAGCCAGCAGAACCAUGGGUCAAGCUCCCCGGCAUCUCUGAGUGGAAGUAUGAAUUACAGCAACGGCGGCUGUAUGUUAGAAAAAGGAAAUUAUUUCAGCCGGUCUGCAAGCGAAGAGGACAGAUAUCAACGACCUUCAGCAAGAGUUACAGAUGUUGACAUCUAUGAGAGCUCUCGUUAUGACAUGCUUCUACUGAAAGAGGAUGCGAAGAACACUAGCUGGUUGCACAGCAUUGACGACAAGUCUGAUGCCAUGUUUGACAAUGGUUUUGAACAACUCCCUGAACCAUUCGACCCUUUAUUAUAAUGCAUGCUUACGGAGUAGUAAUUAUUUUUAAUAGUAUUUUUCAAGAUUUGUUUAUUUAGUACAGAAGUUGCCUAAAUAAGAAA